AUGGACGAUUCAAUAAUAAUAAACAAUGAUGAUGAUAAUGACACAACCGAUCGUUCAGAUGAAAUAGUUACUGAUAUGAUCUCAUUAAUACAUUCGACAACACAUUCAAGUUAUGUUACAUGUUCUCAAUUAUCAUCGAAAUUAAUUUCAUAUUUAUCUCAAAUACGUUUUAAUGAUAAUCAAUGGAAUGAUCUUGAAAAAGCUGUUGAACGUUUUGAUCAAAGUGAUGAUCAUCCAGAUCUUCGUCGUUUUCGACAAUUAAUUGAAACAAUUAGUACCUGUUCCAAUGAUUGCGAAGAACGAAAUUAUACAUUAGGACGAGAUGCCAAUGCACUAUUUGAAAGUAUUUGUCAAUUACAAGAGUUAUUGCAAUCUCAUGUGAAUCUCAAUUGUACUUUACUUUCGAAAGUAAUUCAACAGAAAGAUAUACGAUUACUUUUAGCCGAUCUAAUGAAUUUGACUGGAAUGAAUGUUGGUCAUCAAAUACAUGGUAUUCUAUGUAAUAUAGUACAUCUUUUAUGUCAAAUUGAUCAAAUGUUUUCCAUAUCAAAUGUAAUUGAUCAUCCAAUAGUAUCAAAUUGUAUUCGAAUCAUUCAAACAAGUAUUAAUAAUAUUUGUUCCACAGGUGAAAAUACAAAAUCGACGGUGAUUUCUGCUCUUCGUCUUCUUACAGAUUUACUUCUAACAAAUGAACCAUUUCCGGUGCAUAGUUACGGUCAAUUAUCAAAUUGUGUAUUUUUAAAAAGUAUAUUUGAUUUAAUUGAAAAUAAUGGUGAAGAUGAUGAAUUAGUAUUAACAUUAAUUAAAUUUAUUUUAUCACUUAAUUUACGUUUUGAUUAUCCACAUGAAAAUCCAAUAAUGUUAACAUUAGUAGCUGUUAAUGAACAAAUAUCAUGUAGAGAAUUAAUCGAACGAUUAAUUUUAUUAUUUAAUCGAAGUGUUGAUCCAAUUGAAUGUAAAACGAUGAACUCAGUUAUUAAAUUCUUCAAGGAUCUGUUCGGUGAUGGAGGGACGACAAGUGAUGCACUUUUAUUUGAUUCCGAUCGACGUUUAAUUGUUGAAAUAAUCAGUAGAGAAUUAGCAGAUCGUUCAAUAACAGAUGAAAGAACAACCGAGUAUUUAUUUUUAUUAGAAUUAAUAUUUCGUAGUCGAUCAAUAACUUCUGAAACUUGUACACGUAUUGAUGAUCUUCAAACAAGUUUUCGAGCACAUUUAUAUGCAGAAAAUUGUUUAAAAGAAAAUCGACUUAUUAUUAACGAAAUUCUUCGACAACAUAAUUGGUUAACGACGAAUGACAUGCCAUUUUAUCUUUAA